GUGUGUACGACAUCGCUUGACAGCCCUAAUCACAGAUAAAUCAAUAGCUCAGUGCCGAUUCGAUUUGUUUACAAAAUGUUGUAACUCAUAUUUAUUCGAAAAUCUAGACAAAUUUAUAUCAGUAUGCUUAAAAUAACUAGUCAAACAUGUGCAAUAGUGCUGCUGUUGCACUUUGGCCAUACCCUAGCGUCCAAUGGAGAUCGCACACAAUUCUUUCACAACUGCCGACAAAACUGCGAACGCACAAAUUGCUCAGCUGAUGGCUUGGAAAUACAGGAGCAGGCUAUCAAUUUCUAUGGACAAACAGUCUUUGACCGCAUCUUUGGCUGGAGCUGUUCAGAUGAGUGUACCUACGGCUGCAUGUGGCGCACAGUAUUUGCGUUUAUGGAGCGCGGCUGGCCCAUACCACAAUUCUACGGAAAAUGGCCAUUUUUGCGUCUACUCGGCAUGCAGGAGCCCGCAUCCGUUAUCUUCUCCGUCAUGAACUUUAUCAUGCACUUACGUUUGUUGCGCAAAUUCCGCCGACAAGUGCGUCCUGACAGUCCCUGCUACAAGCUGGCGCAUAUUUUUGGCUUGACCUGCUUAAAUGGUUGGGUGUGGUCAUCUAUAUUCCAUACAAGAGAUUUUCCGCUUACGGAGCUGCUGGACUAUGCAUUUGCGUAUUCCAUUGUGCUUUGCAGUCUUUAUUGCAUGAUAAUGCGUAUGCUGCAUCGCUACUCAUUGUUUCUGCGCGGUGUUAUUACGUUGGCAUUUAUUUCAUAUUACAUCAACUACUUUGCCUAUUUAAGCGUAGGCAAAUUCAACUAUUCUUUCAACAUGAAAGUUAAUAUUGCCACGGGGACAUUGGCAGCUCUAGGUUGGUUUAUAUGGUGUCAUCGGGUGCGGCUACGUCGCCCAUACUUUAGGCGUAUACUGCGCUUUUAUGUGCUGUUUGCGAUGGCCAUGAGUCUGGAACUUCUUGAUUUUCCGCCUAUACUCUGGAUACUGGAUGCACAUUCCUUGUGGCAUUUGGCUACGGUGCCUUUGGUCUCACUUUACUAUGAUUUCAUGAUAGAGGAUUGCAAGACAUUGCGCCUCGAAAAGAUGACAGCAGAUGGCUAUGGCUAUUUCGACAAAGAUAUUUAGAGAUACAGCUAAUUUUAAUCGUUAUUAUCGCAAUUUUAUUACACUUACUUCGCUGUACAUAUAAUUAAAACAUAUUUAUAUUAUA